CUGUUCUCCGCAGGUGAUUGUUUGUUGGUUGUUGUUGUUGUUGUUUACAGGAGCGGAACUCCCCCGCCGCGGUGCGUCCUCUCCCUCCGUCGCUCCCGUUGACUUUGCGGAUCGGCGUCCGGAUCAACCGUCACUGUGGCCGACGGCAGAGAGCGACACGGUCACUUGUCUCCUCCAGCACAGCUAGCAUCAGCUAACGCUAGCGGACCUCACCGCGGAGCUAGCCUGCUAGUUGCUUAGCAGCGAUGGAGUGGCUAGGCAACGGAGCCUCAGUUCACCCCAACGAAGAGUCAAACAGUGCCGCAGCCUCAACAGCCUCAACAGCCAGGGGCUUCAGUGGGGGUUAUCCCCACCAGCAGUCACCAUCAUCGCACAUUUGCAAUUGUGCCAUGGCAUCGUUGUGCCAGAGCCAGCAGCGCUGUGUGAAGGCCUCUAUCGUCUCCAGCUGGAAACUGGCUGAGGCCCAGGAUCAGUUGUGUUCUCUAGGCGUCCACAGCUCCGAGUCCCUGGAGCAGGAACGUGCUCGGACUCAGGCCUGCCCUACCGAACUCACACACAAUGAGGAGGAGUGGCGCCGCAAGGAGAGCAUGCUGGGAGUCCAGGAGCCCAGCCGCAGUCCUGUACUCGGAGCUGUCGGAAGUUGGGAUGUUUUUGAUAAGAGUAUCAUCAAUGUCCAAAAUCAACCUGUAGAAAUGGAUCAGGAUAAGUGCAAGACGUUUCUCCAAAAGUAUGAGCAAGAGCUCAGACAUUUUGGUAUGCUGCGGAGAUGGGAUGACAGUCAGCGAUUCCUCGCAGACAUGCCUCAGCUCAUCUGUGAGGAAACGUCCAACUAUUUAAUUCUGUGGUGCAUGAAACUACAGCAAGAAGGGAAAGAAGCACUGAUGGAGCAGGUGGCACACCAAGCUGUAGUGAUGCAGUUCAUCCUGGAGAUGGCCUCGAACUCUCAGCAGGAUCCUCGAGGCUGCUUCAGACAGUUCUUCCACAAAGCCAAAGACGGAAAGGAUGUCUACUUAGACGUCUUCCAUACAGAGCUUGAGACCUUCAAACGCAGAGUGAAAGAAUAUGCCAUCAAGUGUAGAGGUGGUACACCCAACAACAUUGAACAACAGAAUACUGGCACAAACUGCAGACUCGACCCCAAAGAAGCCCUCGACUCUUUACCUUCAGUGGCAGAGUAUCCUAUGAAGCGCUGUGUAGAGGCGGGACUGUGGACAAGCACAGGGAGGUGGACAAAAGAGGAAUCAACAGAAACUGACGAUAUGCGCAUGAUGGAGACGUCCUAGGGGUUGUAGGAUCGACCCCCUGCUUUUCUUCCAUCUCCAUCGUCUCCCCACUUAGGAGCUACCUGAGUUUUAAGCCCCCUUUACACAGCGGACCAGGCGGAAAAACCCCAGUGCAGAGCAGGAAUAAACAGAGACAUGAUCAAUCUUUUACGCUGCAACUGUCGGUGGCGAACCUGCAGGAACAUAAUGUUUUUGCUCAUUACAAACAGGUUGGCCUGUGGCCUUUCUGCAGUGUCUCUUUCCAGCUCAGUGCAUGUGUUGUGCCAUAAGAUACAGAUACAGAUGGAGUUCUUAUAUCCUUCAAACUGGUUCCCCUUAAAAUGAAUCAUGUCAUGUACGAGAGAAGCAUGACUUGACAGAUCAAUGAACAUUUUGUAUAAACAGUAUUGUCGAUCGUUUGCUUUACUGUGCUACACAUUUAUUAUGGCAAAGUGUCUUGAAGUAAAACGUAGAACUACCUGAUCAUGUUUCUAAAAUAGAGAGAAGGUGGCUGCCCAGCAAGUGAGAUCUGUUGAGUAAUUAGAUUUCAAUCAUGAGGGGAAAAAGUAUGCAUAUGAUAAGGCACUUCUGAGCAUAUUUGGAAUACAGUUCACCUGAAGGCGGGACUGCGGCGUAAUGUCUGAAUCUGUAACAAAUACAGAGAGCAUGAAAUGACAGUCCACUGAGUAAAAGGUUUGGAUUAAAAGGUCUAGGGUCACACUCAGAGGUUCUUUGUCGGGAGAGGAUGAAUAAUGCAGUAUCUGGUUCUGUGCUGACUCAGUUGUCUGCAAUGAACAUAUAAAACCGAUGUUUCAUGAUGCACUCAGCCUUUAAUGCAAAACAUGCGUGUUAAAGGGGCAAAGUCAGCUCAGUCUCAUGAGGAUUUUUGAGACAAUCUUGGUGUUGAGUGCAAAUGUGAAUGACCUGCAUCCAGGUUAUUAUCUGGGUGUAAGACGCAUGGUAAUGUAAGGUGUGAUGAGGGUUUAAUUGGUUUUUAUUCCCUAUGAAUUUAUUUUAUCAGGCAUUCACUUAAAGCCUCAAAAUUGAACUGGCACGCAGCUUAUUCAGAUCUUUCAGUACAUAAAAGGUUUACUAGGCCUGCGUGGCCUUUGCGUAUUUAUGUUUUUCUGGUUCAGUGAUGGGCCAGUGUAAACCAGAUUGCCAUCUGUACCCAGCAUCUGAAGCCGAGUCACAACCUCCAGUUUCCUUAUACAUAUAUAAGUGCUCUGUGCAUACUGGUGUCGGGAAUCUACAGCUGAGUAGGGGCUAAAAGCACCGGUAUGGAGGGGAUGGGGGGGGAACAAAGGGCUGAGCUCUCCACAAAGACAUUUACUGCAUUUGUAUGCAGAAAGUAACUUUGUGCAUCUGAAUGUGUCCUGCACUUUAUAUUUCUCUUUUCAAAACAGAAAUGGUUUAAAAAAAAGAGGCCGAGGUAGAGUGUUUGAAGCACUUGACUUUAUUAUUCUUCCCAGUCAUCAAGAUUUGUUUAUUUCACAAGCAGGCUUUAGCUGAGCUCGUGUUUUGAAUUGUGUGACAUUUUGAUUCGGUUUACUUUUGUAUUUUGUUGUUUGCUGACUUUUUUUUGUCACUUUUUGUGUUUCGUGUUUGUGCCAGAUUUAUUAGGCUUCCAAUUAUCUGUUCCCUUGAUGAUUAAUAUUCAUUAUUUAACAAGACAGCCAAAAUCAGUAUGAGAAUCUGCUAAGCGACGGGAUCAGUAAGACAUUUACUGCACACUGGAAUUAAAGAUACCAUACGAUGCAUUAAAGUACAAUACAUCUGUUUAUGACUUAAAGCUGUGAUGCAGUGUUAAUUCUGCGGUGCACCUGGUGUCAUCUCACUAUUCAUCAAUUCACAGAUUUACAUGUACUUUACACACAGUGCUGUUGUGGGGCAGUUCACAUAUGACGUGUAACGUAGACUGUAAACAUACAUAGAGGUAUUUUAAGCAGUGAAGCUAAAACAAUGUGCUUUAGUGGUCUUAUAUGUGUUUCUCUUUUUUCUGUCCACAGUGACUAAUUAACUAUGCAAAAUAAUUGUAUGGCUUAAGCUGUUGUACAGUACCUGUGGCCAGUGUCCAUAGUGUCUCAACUUCCUAAAUUAGCUAAAGAUUAUGACUCUAUUAAACAUAGAGUGAAAAGGAGAGAAUUUCUGUCACUAAUCUGUGAGUUUAUCGAAUUACACAAGUUACACUUGUCUUUCAGUGUAAGAUUUGGUUUCUCUUGCUGCUGUUAGAAACUCUAUAUACAUAUAAAACCAGUGCUAAAUGUUUGUGUCUUGCUGUCGACUGCUACAGUUAUUUGUAGACCUGCAAAUUAUACAGUGGUUUCCUCUUGUCAUUUAAAAAUGAGGAGCCUGGGACGGCGCCAUCAUUAAAUCCCCAGGAUAACUAACUAACAAUUUUACACAUCAGCGUCUGUUAACUGGUCAUGGGGAGUAACUUAUAUUUUUGAUAAGUUCCAUAAAGCCUUUUGUGACACCAGAGGGAGCUUCUUAAAACGUUAUAAAACAGUGGUUUUAUAAAUGAAGUUGACUUUACUCUGUAGCCUGCUCCUCAUAUCUGCUUGAACCUACAUAAACCCAAAUCUCCAACCCAAUGUUCAGCAGUUGAGUUGUAUUAAGGGGGAAUUGUGGGAAUAAAUAAAGGUAAUAUC